GUGGCGAGACGAUCGUCGACAGAGUCGCGCGCGCAUCGACAUCGAGUCAGUAAAUUAUAUACAAAAAAAUUCCAAAGCGACAAAUAUACAUUUACUGCGCAAAACAAAAUAACAAACAAGACAUUAAUAAUCGCCGAAGGAUUUUAUUUAUCUCAAAUUAUUAUCAGAUAUUCUUGGAAUUCAGUUGAAAAGUAAAACUAAAUACCUACAAAGAGUGAACAGUGCCGACAAGCGAAAAUAAAUACAUUUAAAGUCGAUUUAAGUGCCAUUUAAGUAAAUAUAGCGAUAAAUAACAAGCACAGAAACUAGGCCAAAAGCGGCACCCACCCACACCCAGCAGAAAAUCGCACAUACGCCACAGAGCACACCAGCCGGCACCGGCACACCAAGCAACACUCACUUGUUGUUGCGGUGCAUCACCUCAUUUGCUGUACGCUUUGCUUGCGAGUAGCUCCUCCACAUCCCCGGCUUUAUCAAUAUUGAAUGAGCCCCAUGAGUGGUCUACGUCAUCAGCUGAAGAUGCUGGGCACAGCACUGCUGGGCAAGCGAGCCACCAAGGCUGUCAAAAAGAAACCAUUUACAGAGGUGGAAAUUACAGAUCUACGCACAGCAUUCGAUUUAUUAGACAGGAAUCGUGACGGACGCGUGACGGCCAACGAGCUGCAGUUUAUGCUCAAGAAUCUGGGCAUAAAUGUGCGUGAUGAAAUCAUACACGAUCUCAUACGUGAGGCGAGCCAUUCAGGAAAUGGCUUAAUCAACGAGGCCGAGUUUCUGCAAUGGGUGGGCAGAAUUCAGGCGCUGCGCGACGACCAACAGCAGCACGAUGAGAAUCCCAGCAACAGCAAGCCCCUGGACGAGGCCGAUGAUGUCACCGAGGAUUUGAUAGCAGCAUUUAGAGUAUUCGAUCGGGAUGGGAAUGGAUUCAUAACGCGCGACGAACUGCAGACCGCCAUGGAAAUGAUUGGCGAGCCUUUGAAUGAGCAGCAGCUGGAGCAGCUGCUGGCCAUUGCCGAUUUGGAUCAGGAUGGUCGCAUCAAUUACGAGGAAUUUACGAGACUUUUGCUGUAAGCAAUUUCAGCCCAGGAAUGGAGGCAUGGACAGCAACAACAAACAAAAACUUAGAAAUGGAAAACAAUGGAAAAAGGUUAACCAUUUAACAUAUGCAUAUACACAAGUGUUAAGCUAUUGUGGAUUAUACUCAGACAAGCGGAAAACUAUUAUUAUGAGAAAGAACAUUUUUUGGCAGAGUGAAAGAAUGCAAACAAAAAAUUACUUAAUAUUUUAUACAAAAAACUAAAUGAAGAAUUCUAUUUAUAUACAAAAAGGCGUGGGAGAAAGUGCAAGGCAGGCCCAUACACACACAAACACACCAACCCUACACACACACACACACACACAACACAUAAAUUAGUUUGGAAAGUUCUUUCGAUUGUAAAAAGUAAUAAUAUUCAUUUAAGUUAAUGAAGCAAGAAAACCACCAAGAAUAAAGUGGAAAACUUUUUAGAUUUAUUUUUGUAAGUUUUGUCGAAAAAUGAUUUAUAUUAUGCAAUUAUACACACAAACACACACAAAACACACACCAUACACAUUAAAAAAACGAAAGAAAAAACAGAACAUAUAUAUUCAUAUUCGGAUAAGUCUGAGAGCGUGAGUGAUAUUGUGUUUAGGGUGAUGGAUGCAACAGCAAGGGGCAUGCAUAUAUAAUAAUCAAAUUUAUAAUAAUAAAAACUAUGAAGUGGUGAGUCCCCAGCUGGAUACCAUACAUAUAUUUGUAUCUUAUUAAAUGUAGUUACAUAUGCUGCUUUCAAUGUAUGCGUGUUUCAAAAUCCCCCAACAAAAAACGUUGUUUUCAAACAGUUGUUAGAAUAAGCAAAUAAAUGUUAACAAAAUCUAUAUAAGAAAAAAGUCCACAGGAGAAAACUUAUUUCAGUUGGGAAAAGUAAACCCUUUGGAAAUGAAAGAAACAACAAAAUUAUAUUUAAUGUUGAAGAAGAAUAUUCUAACAAAUAUUUUAUUCAUGCAGCAGCCCAUUUUGUGGAUGAAAAUUGAUGAAUUCAGUGCAAAAUCUAGUCAAAUUAAUUUUGUAAUAAUUUCUUUGGGUUUGUGUUUAUUCGAUUCCAGGCCAAAAUUCAAAGUCCAUUACAUAUUGCCGUCCCGUCUUAGCCAUAGAUCAGAAAGUAAUAAAAGUAAUACCUUUUUGUUACACAAAUUCCCACUCAUCCAUAGGACAUGAAGGUUUCAAAUUAGUUUUGUAUUCAUUUCGCAUUUUAACAUUUUCCUUUUUGAUAAAUGGAAGAUUUAGGUACAGUCAGAGAGCGAAAAACACAAAAAUAUUUAUAUGUCGACGAUUGUACGAGAGAGGAAAAAUUGAUAAACGUGCAACAGACAGCAAAUAAUUAAACAUAUUAAUCAGGUCAAAGGUACAAAUAGUCAAAUGGGAAUUACAAGGAAAGCAAAACACAAAUUUUUGUAGUGUUUUUACAAAAACUGGACAACUUCAAGAGCAAGCAAAUGAAAAGCAAAUAAACCGUAAACAAAAUCAAAAUCAAACAAUGCAGUUUUCAAGUUAUUAAAACUCUAUAUUCUAUAUGAAAGAUCUUUAUGGAUAUAUACCCGAUCAAUGUCUUUGAUUCAAGUAGUUUUUUAAUGAACUCUAAAUGUGCUUGGAAUAAUCUUACGCAGGACUAUGUAACCCAACAAUAUUCGAGUACCACAACUACUUAAAUAUCCAUUUGCUGUUUACGUUUAGUGUCAAACUAUCAAAUAUUAUAUUACUACUACUACUACAACUAUAUACUGGACAACGCAAAACACACAUGAAGUAAGACACUAUCUAUAUGCUAACGAGUACUUAAAGCGGUAGAUGUUUCGUUUAGGUAUUAAUGAUUUCAUAAUUUAUUAUAACUACGAAUGCGAGAUGGCGAGCGAUCGAGAUACGACAUAAUAAACUACGGUAAACCAA